AUGGGCGCCAAUUCGAGCAAGGUCACGGCUCAGGACAAAGCCAUCCUCGACAUGAAGACGCAACGCGACAAGCUACACCAGUACCAGAAGCGCAUCACGAUGUUAACGGACAAGGAGACGGAGAUUGCGCGACAGAUGCUGGCCAAAGGCGACAAGCGACGGGCGCUGCUGGCGCUGCGACGGAAGAAGUUUCAGGAGUCGUUGCUGGCCAAGACGGACGCACAACUCGAACAGCUCGAGAAGUUGACGUCUAAUGUCGAGUUUGCCCUGAUACAGAAGGAUGUCGUCUACGGGCUGCAACAGGGUACAAGCGUGCUCAAGGAGAUACACGCCGAGAUGGGCGGCAUUGAGCAUGUCGAGAAGUUGAUGGGCGAUACGGCUGAUGCUAUUGCAUACCAAAAGGAAGUCAGCGAGAUGCUUGGUGGACGCAUAUCCAGCCAGGAUGAGGACGAUGUCGAAGACGAGCUCGAGGCCCUGGAGAGGGAGAUGGCACCGGCCAAGAAGGAGACACAACUGCCAACGGUCCCGAACGCCAACCUGCCCCUACCGGGGCGACCGCAGCAAGAGCAGCAACAACAAUCCGCGCGCGAGGACAGCGAGCAAGCCAUAUUGGCGGCUUGA